UAAAAAUUUUAUAAAAGUGAAAGUAGUAAUUCAGAUGCUUUUAGUCAAUAGUGAAAGUUUUUAAGAAUUCAUUUUUGUUGAAGUUAAGUUAUUGAUCCUCUAUCUCUUGAUUAUUCGAUAAAUAUAAUUUUCAUUUAGAAUAUAACAGUGAAUUGAUUAAAUUCAAUAAAGUAAAUAUGAAUAAAUAUUGGAUGUUUCAUUGAUCUUUUUUUACGUGUUCGUGAUAUAAUUGACAUUUAGGUUAUGUGAUAUAAAGUUAAUAUAAUGAUAUCACCAGAAAAGAGCUAAUUCAUCUUUACUUCCAAUUUUUGAAAAUUACGUUAAUAUAGCAGAAAAUAUUUAUAUAUUUUCUAAAAUAAUAAGGAUAUGAUUUAAGAUUUGUUUUUCGUGACAAUGAUUACAUUCUUGAAAACUGCUUUGAAAAAAUUCUUGAAAACUGCUACGAUAAGUGCAAUAGCUGUAGGCACCUUGGCAUCAUUAAGAGCUAAUGAAUAUGAUAUUGGAUCAAUCGGUAUCGUACGUCUUGGGCGUGCUGCUGUUACUGUCUUUAUAAUAGGUAAUUACUAUAAAAAGGAACUUUACGAUACCAGUUUGGAAAGGACAUCACCAGAAUACUUACAAUUAAAAUCAAAAACACACAAAUAUGGAGCAGAACGUCUUCUUGAACUUUGUUGUGCCAAUAAAGGUGUAUAUAUAAAAGUUGGCCAGCAUAUUGGAGCAUUGGAUUAUUUAUUACCAGCAGAAUAUGUUAGUACAAUGCGUGUUUUACACAGUUCUGCACCACCAUCAUCAUUUAAUGACGUUCUCAGAGUAAUAAAAGAAGAUUUCAAAAAAGAUCCAUAUGAUAUAUUCGAAAUCAUCGAUCCCAUACCCUUGGGUACUGCUAGUCUUGCACAAGUUCAUAAAGCUGUACUUAAAAAUGGCAAUGUGGUUGCUGUUAAAGUCCAACAUCGUACCGUCAAAACCAAUGCUUUUGUUGAUAUAAAAACUAUGUCUACAUUAGUGAAAAUUACGUCUUACAUUUUUCCAGACUUUAAAUUCGAUUGGUUAGUUGAUGAAACUAAGAAAAAUAUACCACUAGAAUUAGAUUUUACUCAAGAAGGAAAAAAUGCAGAGAAGAUACAGAGUCUUCUUUCUCAUUACCAUUGGUUAAUAAUACCAAAGAUAUAUUGGGAUUUAUCAUCUCAACGUGUUUUAACUAUGGAAUUCUUAGAAGGUGGUCAAAUUAAUGAUCUUCAAUAUUUACGAAGCAAAAAAUUAAAUCCAUACGAAGUUAGCAGUAAAUUGGGCCGUUUAUAUAGUCAUAUGAUAUUUGUUAAUGGAUUUGUACAUUCUGAUCCUCAUCCUGGAAAUAUUCUUGUUAGAAAUAAUAAUUCGGAAGCUGAAAUAAUUCUAUUAGAUCACGGAUUAUAUGCAACUCUUUCCGAUAAGUUUCGAUGGGAAUAUUCUAAACUAUGGUUAGCAAUACUGAAUGGAGAUAGAGCUGCUAUGAAACUUCACUGUACGAAUCUAGGUGUAGGUGAUCUUUAUGGUUUAUUAUCAUGUAUGGUAUCAGGUAGAACAUGGGAUACUAUAAUGUCAGGAGUACAGAAAAAAAAAUAUGAUAUAAAUGAAAAAGAACUUUUUCAACAAGAAAUACCUAAUCUGUUACCACAAAUUAGUGAUGUAUUGCAAAGGGUCAAUAGGCAAAUGUUGUUAAUUCUUAAAACAAAUGAUUUAAUGCGUGGAAUUGAACAUUCAUUACAGACACAAAAUCGAAUGUCUUCAUUCAUGGAAAUGUCGAAAUAUUGCAUUCAUUCAGUUUAUGGGGAAAAAUUAAAUUUAUCUACAAGUGAAUGGAAGCGAUGGGAGUUAACUCUUCUUGAGCAAUGGGCUCUUAUUAAGUUAUCAUUUUAUUAUGUCUACUUAGGUUUAUUUCAUUUUGAUAUAAACAAAAGUAUUGAGUCAUACUGGGCAAAUGAUUUCUAUGUUUUUUAAUAAAACUGAAUAUUAAACAAUA